AUGAAGCUCGUCGCCGUCAAGGUCAUGUACGAGCCUGGAGGCUGGACCGAGCGACACCGACACGGAAACGCGUUUGUCACCGCCGUGCUGCUCGAGGGAGCCGUCGAGUCCGGACUCAACGACCAGCCUCCCCAGACUUACAAGGCUGGCGAGAGCUGGACUGAGAAUCCCGGAGACAUCCACUCCAUCUCCCGGAACGCGAGCAAGACCGAGCCUGCCAGCUUCAUCGCGAGCUUUGUCUGCCCCGUCGACCAGGAGGAGUAUGUCAUGUGA